AUGAGGAAGGACAGGACCUCACGCCCCCCAUGGACGGCACUGGCCUCCGCCCGGGAAACACGCUCCCUCCGCCUCAAGGCCUUGGGCGCCAGCGGCUCGCUCCGACCUGGCCUCGGGGGCUGGCCGUCUCGCCUUAACAGGGAAAGAGCUGCUGCUCCCUCACCCGCGCCCUUGGGCACCCCGCGACCGACCACCACGGCCUGGGCGGCGGCUUCGAGACUGGGCCCUCGUAGGAGGCUGGGGCGCUCUGGCUGCCUGCGGCGCAAAGGGAAGCGGGGCUGGCGACCGGCCGGCGGCGCCAAGCAGCGAACACCACAAGAGCCCCGCCAGCCGUCAUCCCGCCCCUCCCGGAAUCGGGCCGCCCUUCCCGGCAACCCCUCCCGCCUUGCUCCGCCGGAGCCUUCCCCGCUUGCGCAAGGCCGGAAAACUUCCUCUUGCCGCAGCUAUAAAAGGCGGGCAGCAGCCGGCCACCGGAGAUCGUCGCCCGCUCGCCCGCCCGCUCCCCUUUCCUCCCGUCGAGGACGCCUCCAGCAGCAGCAGCAGCAGCAAGCAGCGAUGGCGCAGCAGGCAGCCUUGCGGCUCGCCGCGACCUGCAAGCCGCCCCUUCCCUUCCGCGGCAUCUGCCAGCGCCCAGGCGACUCGCGCCCGCCCGGAGGGUCAGUCCAGGGGGCGGCGGUGGCGCUUCCUUUGCCCAGGCAAAGCCGUUUUUUCCGGGGAAGGGGGAGAGUUACCUUCUUCCCAGCCCCGCUCCCUUCUUUGCGUUCCCUCGUGGGAAAAGACGGAGGAAGGGAGGCACCUCUUUCCUUUCGGCUUCCUUCCCGCGGAGCCCAGCCUCCCAAGGCUUUCCAACCGCCCGAGUGUUCGCGGAGGGGGCGUGGGGGUGAGGAAAAGAGGCGGCGGGCGUGGGGUUCCCCAAGAGCUGCUCCUGUGGAUCCACCGCCGGGUGCCCACCCGACUGAUCCUCUUGUCUGUCUCCCCACCCCGCCGCCGCCCGUGCAGUGCAGGCUGACCGGGACGUGGGUGAACGACCUGGGCUCCAAGAUGGUCAUCUCAGAGGUGGACAACGGGGGCCAAUUCAAGGGCUCCUACCUGACCGCGGUGUCUUCCGUGGAGAACGCCGUCAUCCGGGAGUCGCCCCUGCACGGCAUCCAGCACCACCCGUCGAGGCGGGCCCAGCCCACCUUUGGCCUUACCGUCCACUGGGAUUUCUCAGAGUCCGUCACCGUCUUUGCGGGGCAAUGCUUCGUGAACGAGAAGGGCGAGGAGACGCUGGAGACGAUGUGGCUUCUCAGGUCGGAGGAGAAGACCCACGCCGACGACUGGAAGGCAACCAGGGUUGGCAGGAAUGUUUUCCUGCGCAUCAAGUAACCGAAGCCACCACGAGGGACCUUGAGUGGCAUCCACCACGCUUGCUGAGUGGCACCAGCUGCUGUUUCCUGGCUCCUCUCUCUCCUUCCCUCCCUCUGCCACCCCUCAGAAGUGGCUCCCAGCCUCUUUUCCAAUAAAGUGCCAGCAAUUCCA